CACUGUGGACUGCAGACACUGACUGAACAUCAACACUCAUCUGGAUUUAACAGACGCGUUAAACUCUUGAGAAACUACAAUGGCUUUCUCACUGCGGACUGCUGUCUUUAUCUCAGUUACACUAUGUGUGCUGCAGCAAGGGUUUGGAUAUCCACUAUCUGAACAGUCUGAAGCAUCUGGCAAUCCAUCUGCUCUCAAACGGGUUCGUACCAAGCGCUGCUCCUGUAGCAGUUGGUUGGACAACGAGUGCAUCUAUUUCUGCCAUUUGGACAUCAUCUGGGUCAACACACCAAGUAAGAUAACCCCUUUUGGUCUGGGAAGUUCUCUUUCCCGUCGCCGGCGUUCCACUGGUCGUUGUGAAUGUGCGAAUCCCACUGAUCGUACCUGCUCCAGUUUCUGUCACACCAGCUCAGAAAAUCCAGAUAUGGAGAUUGUGACCCAACUUGGUGACCAGUUAAAUCACAUGGGCAAAAGCAGUGAUCCUCUACUGUCAACUCUCAGGAAGGUGUUUAAAGACAACCUCAUUACAGCGUCACGAUCUGCUACACCCAAAAAUAAAUCCAGAGCCAGGAAUCUCUUAAUCAGUUAGAGCGAGAUGAAACGACGGUCGUGUGAGCAUUUGAACAAAACCAAUCCUGGAUGAGGAGGAUGUGCCUUGUGUGAAGAGGGGGCAAACAUGGUGGAUUCUCUGAAUUUAAAGAUAGAACUGAAUCCUGCGGCACAAACCCUCAGUUUCUUCAGUUGAGGUGGAGCAGAAACGACGGUUCGCCAGAGUACAAGGAUGAUUUAGGUGGUGAAAAGAAGAACAGAUC